UCACUUCUGCUCUGUGCACGGCAGAGCUCGAGCUCUUCACGCCAACUCCACCGUCAGUGACGUCUGCGUCACGUGUCCGUCUCUUCCCUCGGUACGUCCGUCGUAUUUUCCUCCCCUCCACUGCCUGCUUCAACACUGAGAGCCACUCGAAAUAAACAAGCGAAAAAAGGGGUCGUAGAAGGGACCGGUCUCGCUCCUGUGUCACGCGUAUCACCAGCCGAUGGACAGAGGGGGCUUACACCUAUAAGUUACCAUCAGUAAAGCCCAACCUCCCGUCAGUCUGAGCCCAUAUCAUUGUAAACUUUUUUAAACCCUCCGCCGCAUACACUGCGCUCCGACAAAAGCGAGAUUUUCCUUCACAACUCCUGCAAGAACCACAAGUGGACCCAUGGACAUGAUGUGCUGUCCUCCCUUCUUCAGCCCUGGUCUAUAGUCAUCUACAGACGACCUUUUUUCUCACUCAUUUUGUACACGAGCCAUUUGACCAUCCUGCCCCACUUUGUGGUCAACCAUGGCCAGCAAGAGGAAGUCAACGAUUCCUUGUAUGAUCCCGAGCAAGAUCGCCCGCCCAAUAGAGGAGGUUGAACGGGACUCCCCUGUCUCUUUGAGUCAGUCAAGGAUUUCAAGUGGGGGCAGGCAUAGCCCCCUCGAUCCAGGAGAUUCUUACAAACCAGACACAGGGGACGCUGUAAAAGACAGCGCUGGCACUUACACCUGCAAGCCUUGCAACUUUGAAACCCACGACCUUAACUUGUUCUUGGAUCAUGUGUACUCUGGGCACCCUGACUUCCGUGCGGACCCCAGCUUCUUUUGUGUUAACUGCGGGGUUUCUGCACCCAAGUUCGAGGGGCUGGCCCUGCAUAAUGCCAGGGUUCACCCAAGCACACUGAACACGACUUUGCAGCUGAGAAAGAGGGACAGGAGAGUAGUAGUGGAGCAGAAUCUGGUGAGUGGGGGGGACAGCGAGAUUUCCAUCACAAAAACCCCGAUUAUGAGGAUGCUGAAGGGGAAAUCGGAACCUAAACGGAUAGUUGUGUCGCACACAGUCUCAGAUGAACCUUCUUUAGACCCACACUCUAUCUCUGCCUCGAAGGAAAGCGAGAGAAAAGACACUGCACCAGUGACUGUCACUCAUGUUCCCACAAUUGUCCACAAUGGGACGACAAAGGUCACUCUUCCCUCGGCAAUCCAGAUAGUCAACGGCUCUGGAGCGUUACCGAUGCUGAAGACUCCAAUCACACAGGUGGUAUCAGUGGUUCAAAACAGAAGCUUUAAUCAAUCAGCAUCAGUUACAGCCUCAUCAAAUGCUUCCUCUACUCCUUCGCCUUCUUCCUCCAAAAAUCUCCCCAAGGUGAUGAUUCCUUUGAGCAGCAUCCCUACCUACAGUGCCUCUAUGGAUUCCUCUUCCUUCUUGAAGACCUCCUUUAGUAAGUUCCCAUACCCCACCAAGGCUGAGCUCUGCUACCUGACCGUGGUCACAAAGUUCCCAGAGGAGCAAAUCAAGAUCUGGUUCACUGCACAGAGACUCAAACAAGGCAUCAGCUGGUCACCUGAGGAGAUUGAAGAGGCACGGAGGAAGAUGUUCAAUACCAUCAUUCAGACUACACCCGCCAGCUCACAGAACCAGAGUCACUGCAGCCCUGCUCAACACACUAUCACAGUCCUGCCCGCCUCACUGGGGGCUGCUGGGAUCCCUCACAUCCUGCAGGGCUCUCUCGUCAGUCAGGGAGGGGUAAUUGUCACGCAGCCGGUAAUGGCGAAUGGCAUCCAGGUUAGCAGUGCUCCUGUGGCCUUGGCUGUGACACCCAAGCCCCAGGCAGCAGCUCGCCCCAUGAUGCAGGCCCGUCCUGCUGCGGCUCUGGUGGCAGACAAAGGUGUCAGCAUGGUGGUGGGGACAGUGGGCAGCAGCAACACUGGCAGCAACAUUGUUAGCAGUAACAGUAGUAGGAGUGGUGGAGGAGGAGUUGUUACUACGAGCAGUCAAGGUAGUGUCAUCAACCUUAGUGUUGGAAGCAGUAACCAUAGUAAGGGGAGCAGUGUCAAUGGAAAACACAGAGGGGCCAGUGCAGACUGCAAUGACAAGAGCAAUAGUAAUGUUAGCAGCCAUGCUAAUGCUAAAAACACUGAUAGCAGCAAAGCCAACAACACCAGCACUGUGCAGAGUAAGAACACAGAGAAUAAAACCAGCACAGACAGAAAGUCUAAUAACAAUCACAGCAGAGCAGGCAGUGAUGGACAGAAGAGCAAAAGUACCGAUGGAAGCAGCGACAAAAACAACCCAACCAGCACAAGCACAGACGACGUAGAGCCCCCCAUGAGUGACUCUCCAACCAUCAAACUGGAGGAUGCCCCUUCCCCUGCAUCAAAGUCCUCCUCCCCAGCUCCUUCGAGCAGCACGUCCGGCUCUCGGACUCCCGUUAACUCAUUUCUGGACCCAAGUUUCUUCAAGGGCAAGAAGUCUCAGGAGCAGCUCACUGCUCUGAAGGACAGCUUUCAGGUCAGCCAGUUCCCCGACCAAGAAGAGGUGGACCGCCUCAUCGCUCUGACCGGGCUCACAGUGCGAGAAGUCCGCAAGUGGUUCAGUGACAAGCGCUAUCACUAUCGCAACAUCAAGGGUUCACGCACUACAGGUGGACAGAGCAAAUCACGCUCGGCAGGGGAAGCAGGGAACGGUUCUAGCACACCAGGGAGUGGCGCUGCUGGCAGUGCCAAUCCAGUUGAUCUGUCUGACAGCGGCAGCAGCUCUGGUUCAAAAACGCCCCAGCACACCUCUGCACCCUUGAGUCCAACUGCAUCACAGACCCCCACAUCUCCCACUACACCAUCCCGCCGACAUACCAGAGCUCCUUCACCUGAUUUCACAGCUAUACGCUACAAGGAGAGAGAACCACAUCAGGUGAAGGCUCUUGAGACCAGUUUUGCCCAGGACCCUGACCCAUCAGGAGAAGAAGUGGACCGACUGCGAUGUGAGACCAAGAUGACCAGACGGGAGAUCCACGGCUGGUUCGCUGAGAGGAGGAAGAGAAUGGCAGCUGAGAAAAGGAAAGAGGAGGCGGAGCGGGUGUUAAGAGAGGAGGAGGGGGAGGUAGACGGGGAGGAGAGACAGAAAGAGGAUAGCUCAGGAGAACCUAAAGUUAACCCCAUUAAGAUCAAUCUGAAGAUGCUGAAGGUGACAGAAGCCAACGGCAAAGCAGAGGGCGAAAGCUCCAAUAGCCCCGCUUUACCCCUUCAGUCCAGCAGCACAUCCACAUCUUCCCCAUCCACUACUCCCAAAUCCCCCCAGUCCUCCACCUCGACGCUCAAACCCUCCAACUCCCCAAAACUCACAGCCAUGCGGGGUAAGAAGACGGCAGAGCAGCUGCAGCUGCUCAAACAAGUCUACGCACGGACACAGUGGCCCAGCGCCACCCAGUACGAUGAACUGAUCUCAGGAACAGGACUGCCCAGACCUGAGGUGGUACGCUGGUUCGGGGACUGUCGCUACGUGCAGAAGAACGGACAGCUGAAGUGGCUCGAGUCUCACCAGAACACGGCUCUGGAACAGGAUCUAAAGAAGGGGAAUGAACAGAUUCUCCAAGCCCACCUGGACGCCCAUGGUAGACUGGAGGAGCCACAGUUGCGGGAACUGUCCGAGGCAAGCGGUCUAACAGCGGACCUGGUUCGAUACUGGUUCUCUACUAAGUCGUCUUUGAAACAGUUGGAACAAACUGCCACUGCUCCAGUUGCUCAAGGUGCUGCAGCUGAGCCACAAACAGGAUCCUCCCCUCUGGAGCCGCAGCCAGGGGGUGGGACGGAGGAGAAAAUGGAGCAGUCGGUGUGUGGUGUCUCAACAGAAGCGGAGGAGGUCAAUGCUGACGAGACUGUGGAUCCUACUGAAGGAACUGAGUGAAGAGGCCCUUUGUCUGAGGAUUGGGGGUUCACAACGCAGGUGGUCUUUGUGUCAGCAGUCUGAGGGGAAAACGGCAGAUGCUGCUGUAACAGGAUCACUGGAUGGACCUUGAAAAACCAUCCUCACCCAUCCUUACUCACCCUCCUUCCUCUACCCCUGGAGGUAGGCAUGACCUCCCCCGCCACGUGAGAUGGACGCUAAAGCCACUAACCCCCACUACUUCUGCAAUCCAUCCAUCCAUCAGACACCACACCCAGUCCCUGCCCUCCUUUCUCCCGUUCUGUCGACUCCUCCGCCACGCUACACAGACCUUCUCCUGUAUCCUCCCAUCCGCCAUUUUCCCUUCAGAAGGAAGUUCCAGCCCAGACUGAAGCAUGGAUGUGGAGGAGGGAGGAGCAGCGUUUCUCUGACGUGUUUGUUCUGUCUGUCUGCUGGGAUGGGUGUAAAGGAGGAAAAGAAGUAGACUUGGAGAAAGAUGAGGAGGGAGAAAAAGGAGAAACUGAGACCAUCAAGAGUUCUGUGGUUUAGGUUUGGACACUUACCAACCAAACUGAGAUCAGUCGAGGAUAUCGGGGAGUUAAAACCAUUCUGAGUUUGUUUAAGGGUACGAAAACUGCUCUGCUUUGCUGCAGGGUGCUUGCCUUGGCCUUACAGUAAAUCCAUUUAUUUUUCUAUGGUGUCAUUCUCAUACUCCUUUCCCCAUCAAAUUGCACUCACACUUUGACUUCAUGCUUGCAGCUUCCUCUAGAUGCUAUCCAGGCUGCUCAUAGUGUCUUAUGUGAAACACAGCACUGAUCUUCAUUUGACUUUUCUUCUUUCUUUUUAUUCUUACCUGUGCAUAAUAUUUGGACAUUUAACAGUCCGAUUUGGAAGAAAAACAUCCAAAGAAGGCAAGCACCCUGCUGUUGAAACGAAACAAAAAAAAGAGAAACAAGUGAAACACUUUAGUAGAACAUCUGGAACCUGGUUUGUGUUUGUAGCAUCAAGUGCUUCUUUACGUCACUGACGUGUUCGUUCGUUUGUAUUUAUGGGACUUUCCUAUGAAAUAAAUCUGACUGUAAAAGAGCUGUGAACUUUUACCAGAGUUCCUUACUUAGGCUUGAUGUAUAAUUUUUACAGGUGGUAUUUGCAGAAUAAACAGAAUGUAAUAAAGUUGUGGCUUUGAGUCGAAUGGUGUACAUUAAAGAUGAGGAUGCCUGAUCGUGAGAAUGACUAAAACAAUGCUUUGGUUAUGGACAGCAUUAAUAUAGUACUGUGUGAAUCUGAUAGCUGGUUUAGUUUAAGUUGAUGCUUUGGGGUCACUGAUGCAAAAGGUGUUGGG